UCUCCCUACGUCGUUACUGUCAACCGUCAAAUCUGUUGACUGUCGCAUCUCCAAUGCGAAGGUCACAAUUUGCCUAUCUCAGUCCGUCAUUUGCGUCUGGUCUUCUGUCCAAAAGUAAUAUCAUGCUUUUGGACAUGAAAUGGAGCAACGGGCACUGAAAUUCAAGAGUCUCCCGGGAAAAUCGGCAGGGUUGGCAAGUAAGACUGGGAGACGCAACUACUUUGUACUUCUCCCUACGUCCGUACUGUUAACCGUCAAAUCUGUUGAGUGUCGCAUCUCUAAUGCGAAGGUCACAAUUUGCCUAUCUCAGUCCCACAUUUUUGUCUGGUCUUCUGUCGAAAGGUAACAUCAUGCUUUUGGAUAUGAAAUGGACCAAUGGACACUGAAAAUCAGGAGUCCCCCGGUAAAAUCGGCAGGGUUGGCAAAGCAAGACUGGGAGACGCAACUACUCUGUACUCCUCCCUACGUCCGUAGUGUCAACCGUCAAAUCUGUUGAGUGUCGCAUCUCUAAUGCGAAGGUCACAAUUUGCCUAUCCCAUCCGUCAUUUGCGUCCGGUCUGCCGUCCAAAAGUAAUUUCAACCCCAGCGUGCCUUUGGCAGUGAAAUGGAGCAAAGGAACCUUGGGAGAAUGCUGCAAAGUGUGACUUCAUGUGGUUUGGAGAGGAGAAACAGGAGGAGGCGGAGGAAAGGGUGCUUCCUCUUCAAGUCCGGGGGCUGAGCUGCCGAUGCGUCCCAGCAGCCUAUAGCAACGGGAGACCUGGGUAUAAAAAAGAAGUCGGGUUCAAGGGAACCCUCGGAAGUAGCUCUCAGCCGCAGCAUGACAAGGACCCAGGUCCUGAGAGCGUGGACCUAACAAAACAAUGCUCAGCCUAAUCGUCCGACCAGUCGCACAGCACUUCAUCAUGGACAGAGAUGACAAGAAGAGAAACAAGAACAUUGGAAAAAACUUUUUGUGCCGUCUCCAGUGCAUGUUCUCACAUUCAUCCAGCUCGGAGAGCAGGCUAACUUUAGAAGAUACCCAACAAUGGUCACAGUCUUUGGAAAGGCUCCUCGACUCUAAAUACGGUUUGGCGGCGUUUCGCAACUUCCUGAAGUCCGAAUACAGCGAUGAGAACAUUGAGUUUUGGCUUGUCUGCGAGGAAUACAAAAAGAUCAAGUCUUCGUUCCGGAUGUCAUCGAAAGCCAAGAAGAUUUACGAACAGUUUAUCAAAGCCGAAUCGCCAAAAGAGAUAAACAUUGACUAUCACACUCGAGAGCAAAUCAAAAGAAGCGUCAAGAACCCCACCCUCCACUGCUUUGAUGACGCUCAGAAGAUGGUUUAUGGACUGAUGGAAAGAGACUCGUACCCACGGUUUCUACGCUCGGACAUUUACAGGACUCUCCUAGAAAACCUUUCUGCCGACGCCACAAAGGGAUGAAGGAUAGGGGACGCCCAUGGACGUAAAACUCAGGACUGGAAUGUUUGAGCCGAUUCAGCAGGGAGGACUAAUGAUGUCGGGAGGAAAGAGGGUCAACCAGCUCGCCUCGUGGACUGGAACGGAAGCCUUGGAGUCGUCACGGAACCCUCAAGUCAUGGAGGGAUCCCCACAAUAGCAACACACAAUAUUCAGUGGCCUAAGAAUGACACCGGACCAGCCCCCAAAAAGUAGUUAAAAUUUUAUAGGGCCAUUUUUGCAACAAAUUAAAUAGAAAAAACCCAGUAGAGCACUCAUGUAGUAGAGAGAAACUUGGAGUAAUGUAAACAGAUCGGCAUACUGACAUUGUACGUCCUAACUCUAGUGGACAUUACACGGCUAUUUGUAUUUUUCCAGAAUUGUGUAACUCUGACGGAGGGAAUAGACCAGGGGUGUCCAAACUAUUUGACUGGGGGACCUAAAUAAAUUUGGCUUGGGGCCAAAAGUCGAUUUGCAUGCAAAGUAACGUGU